AUGGAUGAGAAUACUGACAGUGCUUUACAUUAUGGGCAUCUGGGACGGCCUGUCUAUCUUCCUGAUGCGAAGGCUUGGACAUUCACUCGCUCUUUGGCUAGAGUCCCCUCGAUUGUAUAUACCGGGGUGACCAAGACAAAAGUGCCACCACCUUUCUACACAGAAGCGCGAUCAACACCGAGAGUACCUGAAAAAGACGCCGGGAAGCUCAUCGCAAGCUCACACCCCGAACUAGCUGCCUCAUGGUCCUCUUUCCGCCAGGAACCUUUUUCAAAAGCUGUGAUAAACACAACCGAGCAAUAUGACCCGGAGGUUUCUUCACUUUUUGACCUCGGUUAUGCCGUGGAUCUGAGGCGCCACGAUAAGAAGCUUCGCUCAGUCCCAAUCGCAGUGGCCGUGAGCGGAGAAUGUCGCAACAUAAUGACAUUCCGAACAAUAGAAGAAGAAACACUGCAUCUGGCCAUGGAGGAUUCCACCAUGCGUGUUCCAUCAAUUGAUGACACAGAAACGUCUGAGUGGUCCAAAUGUGGUGCACCGAUCCGUCAGGUACACUUUGCCCGUCCCUUGGAGGAGAAGCCCUUUUUCAUGGCCGCUCGGCUUCCCACAUCAACUACAAUCUUCCGACCUCUCUAUCACUGGGAUCCGGUGCAUAUGUACUUCCCAGCGGAUGUUAUGAUGAGAUCCUCUAAGCCUCUACAGAACUCUCGACUUGAUGCAAACCCCGUGGUGGAAAUAUCGAUAUCGGAAACGGGCGGCUUCUCUCAUGCUGAUGUUACCUUCAAUCCCUGGUAUCAAAGGCAAUUUGGCAUUGUAGAUGUCAAAGGUAACUGGCAUGUCUGGGAAAUCACAGGUAGGCAGCGACUAAAAAAGGCUACUUGGUCGGCUCUGCCUGUGCGGCAAGGUUCAUUGCCUUUAUUGAAUCACAAACCCAAGUUGCGCCGUCCUCAACUUGAUGGUUGGGCAUGCAUCGAGUGGAUAGGUGAUGUUGGAACAAUCCUUGUCGCCAAUCGUCACAACAUCAUGAUCUAUCCAAUUGUUGAUGCCCAGAUCCCACCACGGACGGUUGAACUAGGGAUGUCAAAGCAAUCCGAAUGGGUUCUGAUCGUGCAAAGAAAUCCACGCAAUCCAUCGCAGUUCUUUGUGCUGACGACAACCCGAAUACUGUGGUUUGAUGCUGGAGUCUUGCCUGGCGAGGAGCAAACGAGCCCGUCUCUAUACCCUCGUCUCUCUUGGAAGCACUUCAGAGAUCCGGAAGAUACAACAUUACGAUUUAGUGAUCUAGUCGUAUAUCAAGACUUAUACUUGGUUCUAUUUUCACAGCUCACUCAAGUCGUGCAAAUAUUUCCAUGCCCAUUCAUAGCCGACGAACAGACCGAGUCUCUAUCGGUUUCUGAUCCACUGAUUCUCGAUGCACCGCUAUUGGCGGAUAUACCCUCAGUGCAACACGACUCAAAUGUGAAAUUCUCGUCAUUUAUCUUCAAAGAAGUUGCCCACUCGGCAGCACUGAGCAAGAAUUAUUAUUACAAUCCCCAUUUGACCGUCAUCAAGCUUUUUUGGAUGGAUUCCAAUCUUGCUGUCCAUGAAUCAACCUUCAAAGGUCCUCAAGGAGACCCCGACGAGCUGGACUUAUAUCGCGAAGACAAUAUUUUGCGUCUCAGGAAGCGCUAUGCCCCAACAAAACUUGUCAGAGUCGACGAUAGCUUCAUCGUGGAUGAUUGGGAUGAAUCAGUGGCACCGCAGAAGACUGUUCAUCGCCACAAGAGCAAGAAAGCUCCAACGAGAACAGGCUCGGAUCUUCAGUGGACCCUAGAUUUCUCAUCCAUCUAUGAUAUGGCGACAGGGAAAGCGGAGAUCAUUCAGACGAAGUUAAAGCAAAAGGAGCGGCCCAAGCCAAAGCCAAGGACCGUGGACGAGUUAAUUGCGAGUCUACAAAGCGAUAUGGAGAAUUUAUGGACGAGGCAGACUCCAAGCCAAACUUUGGUCGAGAUGAGCGGCAACAGAAUCUUGGGGGACGACCUCGACCAAAGCGCUGAUGAUGUGAAGCGUCUCGUGUCAGAACUCAUACCCGAAAUACAGGACCCUGACGCCAAGUGUCGAAUCAUGACUUUGCCGGCGCUUCGAUUCUCGAAAGAAUUGCAGGGCGUGUCAGUCAUUCCAUCCGGUGAUGCUGGGAUAGAGCUUCUUCAAACAUAUGAUCGAUUAGUUGAUGAUUGGAUGUCGAGUCUCUCUCGCCAUAUCACCACACACACACGAAUAAUGAAAGAGAAAGUCAUUCGAGGAAUCGCUGCCGAUCUUCUUCUAGCACGCCUUGUCCAAAUCUCCAACACUCUGGAUGACGUGACCCAACCCGACCCCGUUGGUCGAAAUGAAAAGGCCGUGGCACAGAACAAGUUCCUACAUUCGAGUUAUUUGCCAUCAUCGCAGAUCCCUGCAAGCCAGGCGCCAAUGCUCACUAAUGCCUUUGGUUCUCAACGGAACCCGGGACCGGUCACUCAAUCCAAGUACGCUGCAGCACCAACUCUGAGCGGCCUCUCAGCAUUUACUACCUUCAAGACUCCUCGUGCGAUCCCCCGGAACGUGACAAAUCUACUCUCGCACUGGUCAGUGGGAAACAAUCCUUCUCAAUAUGCCUGGGAGAGAAUUGAAGACGAAGAGACACGGCGUGCUUCAAGGGCCAACACACCCAGAAACAGACGAAAAAGACGCUCUCAGACUCGCGACUUAUCCCUUCCCCCAACCCCGGCUGUGCCCACGGUCCGAGCAUGGGGCAGUCAGCCAGAUGGUCCUCCACGCAUCAACCUCACUAGCAGCCAACCCAUGGAAGGUGUCUCAAUGACCCAAACAGAGCGAGGAGUCUUCGGAGCCCGCGAUCCCUUCAAGAAGUCCAAACUCAAGAAAAAGAAGCGGGCAGCAGGAUUUUAA